GACCGCGACCCGCCGUCAUACUCGGCCUCGAUGCUCGCACACGCCCCCCUCGAUGCCCACGACGGCCUGCCCACGACGGCCACCACCACGACGGCCACCACCACCGCCACGGCCACCACCAUGGGCAAGCCCCCGCGCCCGCCCGCCAUGGCAGACCCCACGGCCCUGCUGCCCUCGUCGCCCCCGCAAAUCUACCUCAACCUGCUCAUCCUCGAGGCCAGCCUGCGCAGCCAGUACCUCACCCUGCGCGCGCGCCGCCGCCAGAACACGUUUGUCCUCAGCCUGCUGGCCGUGUGGAUCGGCUUCUGCUUCUACCUGCUGUGGCUGCGCCCGCGCGACGACGGCAAGGGCAUUGGCGGCUCGCAGUACUGGCUGCUCGACAUGCUGCAAAAGGUCGGCUUCAUCACGGGCGUCGUCACCGCCCUCCUCUUCUGGGCCACGGGCCAGUGGGAGCGCGGCGUGCGCUGGCCCAGGCGCUGGAUCGGCGUCGCCAACCGCGGCCUGAGGGGCAUGAAUGCAAAGAUUGUCGUCAUCCGAGGGCCGUGGUGGAGGGAGAUUGUCGAGUGGGCCCGUUUUGUCGUGCCCUUUUCCGGCGGCCUCUGGGGCGGCGAGACGGGCGGCAGCUCGUACCACUUCAUCAACGUCGCCCACGAGAACAAGCAUGCCCUCGACGGCGGCCGCCCCCGCCACCGCAUCGUCGAGGACGGCAAGGAGUAUGCCGAGGAAGACAUUGCCCCGGGCGGCGACUACAUCAAGCUGCUGCUGCUGCCCAAGCCCUUUACCCCCGACUUUCGCCACGACUGGGAGGUGUACCGCAACGAGUACUGGGCCACCGAGAACGAGCGCCGCGCAGAGCUGCGCAAGCGCGUGCGUGCCCGCCAGCGCGACAUUGCCCGCGAAGAAGGCGGAUGGCUGUGGUGGACCGGCUGGCGCGGCUGGAAGCGCGCCCGUGGCCUCAGUGGCCGUGGUGCAGACGUGGAGAAGAGUGGCCAUCACCACGCGCACAACCGCACCCUCUCCCACACGCCCUCGCGCAAACGCCGCCCCAGCACCCUGCAGCCCGGCCGCGGGCGUGAGCGCUCCCAUUCCCGCAGCAGUUCGCGCAGCCUAACCCCCACCACCGACCUCGACGCCGACGGCCGCCUACGCCCCCUCGAGGGCCGCGAGCGCCGCUGGAGCAAUGCCUCGACCAGCACAACCGCAACC